UGUAAAAAUACGCCCAGCAUUGCACUUUUUUGCUUAUCUACUUAUUAUCGGAGGCACACUUAUAAAAAGAACAGAAUAGCUCAGGCAAAGCCUGACAGGUAGUCCAUUUUUGACUUCUCACGUGAUUAACGGCCAUCUUCCUUUUUUUUUUGCGCUUUCCGAACUUCCACAACAACUUCAACUCUGUUUUUCCCGCUCUUACAAUGGACCUUGCUAGACGACUGUUUCGCUUUAUUGGCUGGCAGCAUGCUGUAGCCAGACCCGACGCCUUUCAACACUCCCACCUCGGCAAACUCCCGAAUGAAAUCAUCCUCCACAUCGCCAGCUAUCUUCCUCUCGAAUCGGCAGCAAGCUUCAGCAUCUGUUGCUGCCGCUUCUACAACUGUAUGAAAACAGAGUAUCUCCCGUCUCUCAAAUUGGCCGAUCCAUCAAUUCAAGAAAACUUCUUGGCGCUUCUGGAACACGACCUCCCAAUGCACAUUCUGUGUCCCGACUGCAAAGAACUCCAUUCUAUUGCCAAUGCAUUCACACACGUUCCCUCCCGACGACAUUUUUCAUCCACCUCGACCCAAAGACCACGUUUGCAGUGCUGGAAAUCAGAUACACAACACGAUAUUCGGAGAUCAAUCCACACAGGAUUUUGCUCGACAAUCUUCCGCAUGGCGAUGAAGACCCACAGACUAGGUCGCAACUCUAGGCAACUUCUUCAAUUCUUAUCCUACGAACCGAGGACGACGCAUCAUCGUGGAUUCAUUGAGCAGAAUCAAGCCGCGGCUCGGAUCGUAGACGACUCGCUGCUCGUUCGCGAGCAAACAGUCUUCAUGGUUCCUUCCUCGCAAAGGAUCCCUAUUCCUUGGCAUGGAUUCAUCAAUAUCUGCAAUCACAUUGGCUUCCCGGGAUUUCUGGACUUGCAUCGGCGAGGCGCGGUACAUAUACCGCAAGCAAACGAGCUUGGAACGUUUGUUCAAAGUCGACGAGGACUUAUAUGUUGUAAGCACUGCUACACUGAAUUUCGUGUGGAUUUCAAAAGUUAUGGCGAAUCGGGAAAUGCAAUGUUUGUCACGAGAUGGAUGGAUAUUGGUGAAGGGCGAGAUCCAAAGGAGGUCAAGUUCACAAGUCGCCAUGUGAACUUGUAUCAAGAAACUUGGGCGAAAGUCAAUUUUCGGGGAGGGUCUAUCUGCGCUGCUUUUGAGGAAAUGCCUGCAGCUGAAUUUGUGGUUGAUUCGUUGCUUUCUGCAAGAGAAGAGCGGGUAUUGUGCAAGGGGAGCAAUUUGCCAUGGCCUGAGGACGUUAGCGUUUCUUGCGAUCGAGUUGAGAGGUCUUUUGGGGUGAUGAGUGGGAGAUUUGUUCCAUUUUGAAUACAACUUUUUUCCGACUAAUCCGUAUGGCGCUUUUAAUGUCCUAAAGGUGACGGACAAUAUGAUUAUCUGAAAAGUGCGUACCAAAGAUUCAAUCAGAUGCCACGCUAUGCCCGUUUCAGUAUCCUAGAAUUUGAGGGGAGAUGUAAUGUUCUGUAAAGUACCCACCAAAAUUUGAAUGA